AGCUGGAGAGCUGCAGUUUUCUGCUGGGCAGGUGGAAGAAGCGAAGCGCUGAGCGGAGAGCCUGAAAGGAGGCGGCAGCAAGACAGAGGAGCGCGAGAGGGCGGGAAGGGGGUGCAUCCAGUGGGGCUGCCCCCCGCCCCAUGGAGGAGCGGGGCCCGGGGAGGGGGUGCCCAGCAGCCGCCGCCUCUCCGCAGCUCCCCCCCCCGGCUGAUCUGGGCUGGGUGCCCCCUUUGUCUGGAGAGCUGCUAGCGAGGAUUGGCUGCGGGGCCCCCUCCUCCCCCUUUGCAGAGGAUGCUCCGCUGAUGGGGCUCAGCCCCCUCUGAGUGGGUCGGUCGGUCGCCCCCCCCCCCACCUUUGAAAAACCGCCCCCUCCGCCGCCGGGGACGUCUGUGCAGCGGCAGCAGCAGCAGGAGAGGCGAGGCGAGGAGGCUUCCUGCGCCGGGCUGGGCUGCCGGGACGAGUCCUGCAUUCCAGCAGACGCGGAGCGGGCGGCGGCGGCGGCGCGGGCAGGUCAAGGAUGGUUCACGUAAUGGGGGAUGUCAGCUGUUGGAUCCUGCUUGGAUUUCUCCUCCUGCCCAUCUCCAUCCUGGGCUCUCAGGACAACGGGAAGGUGAUCCACAUCCAUAAGAUCCACCACCAGCCCCUGCGGGUGGGUCUGGCCGAUCCCGUGGCGCUGCCCUGCCUCUUCCUCUUGGAGCCCUCCGCCUCGCUGGGCCCCAACGAGCCGUCAGAUCCGCCGCGCAUCAAGUGGAGCAAAGUGCAGUCCGCGGCAGGGCAGCCGGAGGACAUCUCUGUGCUGGUGGCCAAGGACAACGUGGUGAAGGUCUCCAAGGGCUACGAAGGGAGGGUCUCGCUGCCCGGCUACCCCCGCCAUCGCUACAAUGCAACCCUCUUGCUCUCGGCCGCCCGGGCCAGCGACGCCGGCCUCUAUCGAUGCGAAGUCGUGGCCGGCAUUCAUGACGAGCAGGAUCUGGUGCCCCUGGAAGUCACAGGUGUGGUGUUCCACUACCGAGCUGCCAGUAACCGUUACGCGCUGACCUUCGCAGAGGCCCAGCAGGCCUGCCGGGAGAACUCGGCGGUCAUUGCUUCCCCCGCCCACCUCCAAGUGGCGUUUGAGGACGGCUACGACAAUUGCGAUGCAGGCUGGCUCGCUGACCGCACUGUCAGGUACCCCAUCACCUUCUCCAGGCCCGGCUGCUUUGGUGAUCGCAACAACCUUCCAGGGGUCCGCAGCUACGGUGAGAGGGACGCUGAGGAAGCCUACGACGUGUACUGCUACUCGAAAGAGCUUCAAGGGAAAGUGUUUUACGCCUCCAGUCCUGGACGGAUGACAUUCCAGGCUGCCCGGAAAUACUGCCUUAGUCGGGGGUCUCAGCUGGCCACGACCGGGCAGCUGUACCUCGCGUGGAGGGGUGGGCUGGAUCAGUGCGACCCUGGCUGGCUGGCUGACGGAAGCGUCCGUUAUCCGAUCCAAAUGCCCCGGAAGAAGUGCGGCGGGGACGAGCCGGGCGUCAGGACGGCCUACCAGUUCUCGAACCGGACGGGCUUCCCCAAUCCGCUGGCCAAGUUUGAUGCCUACUGCUACAAAGCACGCCAGCCAGCCAGUAAACCUGGCGGGGCCGCGCUAGGGGAUGGACAUGGUCUGGGAACCCGUGAGCCUGUGGAUCAAGAUUCAGAAGGCAGCCACGAUGCGGGGAUCGAGAACGUUUUGGUGGAGCACGAGGCAGAUCUGCCCACGCUGGCCCAGAACGAACUCUUCCGCAAGGAGAGUGAGGACUCCGUCAUGUCGGGGGACUCCAGAGAGUUCCCCAGAGACCCCUACAGCCCCUCGCACAAGGUGGCCGUGCCCUUGCUGGAGGAGGACGAGCAAUUGCACCUGGUGACCCCUUUCCCAGAGGAGAGAGAGAUCUGGCAGGAGAAGACAACGGCGACGGAGGUCCUUCUUUUAGCCGGGAAGGAUCGGGAGGCUUCUCCGGGCCCACACUCCACUUUCUCCUUGCCAGAUGUGCCCGAUGAGGACCCACAACUCAAAACAGUCGAUGAAGCGCCAACCCAUGAGACGAAGCCGUCUGAGGAUGGCCAGACAGCCGUCGCUGAAGAGUCGGCCAGCAUCAGCCACACCCCGGGAGAGUUGCCUUCGGUGACUCAGCUGGACUUAGAAGAAGUCACCCGUCCCGAAUACCCAACCUGGCUGCAACCGACAACCGAUAAGGUGGCCCCACGUGGGACUGCAUCACCCAGUCCACAGCAUCCGACUCGUACCCACUUCCCUAAGGGGCAUCCUCCGAUUCCCACCUUAGACCCUGCCUUGACCCACCGUGGAAAGCACCCGGCAGCCACUGCAGUGACACCGGCUUUUUCCAGCCUCCCCGAAUCGACCCGGAAAAGCAUUUAUACUGGACUGAACGGGCGUUUCUUUCAGCAGCAGCGAGAAGAACCUGGUGUUGAGGGGGGUUCGGAAGGCAGGACUGCACUCCCCACCACACCCCCCAUCUUGGCCUUGGCGAUACAAACGAUGACGGACAACUCCAUCGAGGCCUCGGCCAGGGCCGAUCCGAGCCCCGCGUCGGCUCGAGGUAGCGGCGUGAGCUACUCCCUCUCCAACGAGGUGGAAGGCAACAGGUUGCCGGUGUCCGAGAAUCAAGGCCCCCAAGAGAUGACCUUCCCUCCUGCCUCCCGUUCUGGGAAAGAUGCCAGUGCUGAAGAGACUGGCCAAGGACAGCCGAUCCCCUCUGCUCCCGAGAGCCAAGAGUGGACGACGGGCCCAGAGCCGGGACAUUCCGAAGCAUCCUCCCCAUUCCCAACCAAUGGGCUUCUCCAGCCCCAGGAGGUUGCCGUGACAACAGGAGAUGCCGCCAGCGACGCCCCCGUGGGGACCAGCAUCCGUGGCGACUAUCCUCAGGGCCUGAUGCCAACUGGGGGAAAUGAAGACGGGUUCUCCGGCCACGGGAUUGCCACCCCAACGCCACCGGACGUGCCCUCCAGGCCCGAGUUGCCCCGGCAGCAGCCUCAUCCUGAUUCGGGGAGCGGGGGAGCGGAUUAUGACUCCCAAGAAACCCAGGAGAAGGCCGUGAGCUUUGUGGAGACAGAGGAAGCCCAGCCUCACUUCCUGGGAGAAGCCCAGGAGCUAACGGAGCCGGAAACCCCAAAUUCAGUGAAACAGCAGAGAGAGAGACAGGUGCUGGAUGUAGACGCUGGAGAGGAAGCCAUCUUGGAAGAGGCCGGCCGAGGUCCCGAGGAGCUGGCGGAGAUGAGAGGGCAGAAAGCCGUCACCCUCGCAGCAGGAGAUAUUCCUUCCCCAGCACCAGAAAAUGCUUACCCACAAGUGGCCAGACUUCUCGCCAGGGAGCCUGAAGCGUGGCCGGUGGCCGGCGGCAUCGAAGACGAUCUGGAGGUCACCACCCCUGCAGGACACCAGGAAGCCGAGAAGAACGCGGCCACCUCACCUGGGGAGAGCUCCUCUGUGCUGGCUGAGGCCCUGGACUUCUCUGAUCCCACAGGCUGGUGGGAGGCGGUAACUCGGAGCCACCUCCAAGAGGGCGUGGUAGGCCAAAUUAGCCAAGAAGAUUCCACGCUGCCUCAAGCCGUGAGCACGGUAGGGCAUGGCCUUCUUCACCAGCAAGAGGGCGCUACCACCCAAGACUUCAGCCCCGGAGCAGGUGGCCAUUUUGCUACCACCUGGUUGGUCCCAAACCUGGAGGCAGGCACCAAGAAGGACGAGUUGCCGAUGCCGUGGAGUUCGCCCCACGGGGGAUCACCCCAGCCUCCUCAGAGCAUGUCGGGGCCUGUCCACGCUCAACAGCCUUUGGAAUUCUCCACCUCGGUUUCGGUCCUAAGCUCAGAGCCUUCCACCCAUCCCAGCGAGGAAGUGUUGGAUGCUGGAAGCAACGGUGGGAGCUACCUUCCCACGGCCCCAGGAGAGCCAGGAAGGUUCCUUCCGAUGGAGGCUGACAGCGGGAGUGGAGAGGAGAAGGCAGAAGGGUUUGCUGUGGAGGGGGUCCCCGAGGCUGUGUGGGCAGAGGAAGCCAACGCCAGCAUGCUGGCCGAAACUGACCCUUGUGAUAACGAUCCCUGUUUGCACGGUGGGACGUGUCAGUCCAACGGCAACCUCUCCAGCUGCAGCUGUCCGUGGGGAUUCACAGGGGAGAACUGUGAAAUAGAUAUCGACGACUGUUUGUCAAGCCCGUGCCAGAACGGAGGCACCUGCAUCGACGAGAUCAACUCCUUCGUCUGCCUCUGCCUUCCCAGCUACGGUGGGAGCUUGUGUGACCGAGACACAGAGGGCUGCGACCACAACUGGCACAAGUUCCAAGGGCACUGCUACCGCUAUUUUGCACACCGGCGCUCCUGGGAGGACGCAGAGCGGGACUGCCGCCGGCGGUCAGGUCACCUGACCAGCAUCCACUCCUGGGAGGAGCACAGUUUCAUCAGCGGCUUUGGGCACGAGAACACGUGGAUCGGACUCAAUGACCGUAUCGUGGAGCAGGAUUUCCAGUGGACAGACAACACCGGCCUGCAAUACGAGAACUGGCGAGAAAACCAGCCUGAUAAUUUCUUUGCGGGCGGCGAGGAUUGCGUGGUUCUGGUUUCGCACGAGACUGGGAAAUGGAAUGACGUUCCUUGCAACUACAACCUGCCUUACGUCUGCAAGAAGGACACAGUGCUGUGUGGGCCUCCCCCCGUGGUGGAAAAUGCCUCCCCCAUUGGCAAGAAGAGAGAGAAGUACAGCGUCCAUUCCGUCGUCCGCUACCAGUGCGAGGAAGGCUUCAUCCAGAGGCACUUGCCCACCAUUAAGUGCCACGUGAACGGGACGUGGGACAGGCCCCGAAUCCUCUGCACAAAACCCAGACGGUCGCACAGAACCCGGCGGCAUCACCGCCACCACCACCAGCACCACCAGCACCACCGCCACAAACCCCGGAAGGACCGGAGGAAACGGCAGAAGCGCCCGAAGCUGGACUGGACGGAGGAGGAUGGCAACUACUUUUAACGACGGGCCCUGACGAAAGCACAAGUCCCCUCUCCCCGACCCCGCUGCCCCCCUCCCGACCCUCCCAGGAUGCGAGAGGCUUGCGUGUGUGACAGGAAUUGUGGAUGCCUUCCCUGCCCGCCCCGCCCCACAUCUGCUCCCCCCAUUGAUAAAAUCUCUUUUCUUAGCCUCUGACCCAGAGCCCACUCAUGUGAAUGGCGCAGGUAUGCUGAAGCGCAUGGCUCCUCUGCGUAUGCGCCGGUUGGCAACAUUGCCACAAGGAUCCGUUGUGUGUGUGGAAUCAGGUGCAGAAUCCAGCUCUCUGAGAAUCUCAGCUUUAAAAAAAACCAACACCAACCCACCAAGUUGCUAGCCUUCUUCGCCUCAAAAAUACACUUGAAUGUACAAGCUGAAAUUGCAGAGGGCUGAAUAAGCUAUCCCAUGGCCCGUGCGGAGGAAAAUGGCAAUUCAGUACCCAGCUUAGCUCCCAUGACCGGCCAAACCAGAAUAAAUUAUGCAAAACCAGCAAAAUCAAUACAGCAUCCAUUAUGCAAAAUAAAUUAUGCAAAUAGUACCAUUUGCGUAAUUUAUGUGGGUUACAGGGGUUGACUUUUCAGGGUACAGAGCUUUUCCUUCCCGCUGUUUCUCCCAAGGAAGGGCUGCACAAAUUUUGGCCUGCCUGUGGAUGUUGGACUACAACUCCCAUCAUCCUGGGCUGUUGGCCACGAUGGCAGGGGAUGAUGGGAAUGGUAGUCCAGCAACAGCUGAGGAGCUGACUUUGUAAAGCUCUGUUCUAACAGAAUCUUCAUUCUUUCCCUGGUCCUCUACCAAUCUUUGGAAAACCAUUUCCCCCUUUCUAGCACAUGAGAUAUCUAUUCAAUAGAAGAGAUUUGGGCGAUGGGGUGGGGGCAGGGGGUGCUCAUCCUGUUUGCUGUGCUUCUAACAGCUGCACAAAUGUACCCCAAGGCAACACACUCCCCUCUUUGCCAUCUAAGCAUGGAGAGAUCUCGCGUUGCUAAGUGGUCCAGGGUACCAACCAGGAGUGACACAUCCUGAUGAACGGGGCGGAUGGGGGGCGGGGUUUGCCAAAGGUGGCACAGCUGCCUCCACUUGCUCCUCUCGGACCCACCCUGUGCUGCCUGCAGGCUGGCCAUUCAUCAGGUAGAGCUAUGUAGCUCACCGUGCAGCUUUACCUGGUGAAUGGCUCACCUGCAGGCAGCACAGCUCUCAUUACUGUUGGGGCCAGGUGGGAUGGGAGGGAGGGAAUCAAACAGAGCUCCCGGAAGGAGAGGCCACUGUGUUUCCUUUGGUGCCUCCCCUCCCAGCGAGUUAGGACCAGCCAUUCCUACGACCCUCCAUGAUUUGGCAACCCUUCCCACCCUCCCGCCCCCCCAAGCUCAGAUCACGCCUCCGCCACAGACUCAGCCGGGUGCUUUCCAGCUUAGACCCUGCAAUGGGGGUCACGGCGUCUCUCGGAAGUGUGCUUCCACACUUCCUGUGUUGUGACGCCGCAGUCCCGACGCUGGCAGCAGGGUGCCGCUCACAUUUCCGAUGCCUUGUUUCAGAUUUAAUCGCUCCCCCUGCUGGGCACUUUGCUAUUUACGUUUUGAAUGUGAUUUGCCGGAACGGAAGCAUUUUGCCACUGUUGAGAGGCUAAGCUGGAAAGCGCCCAGGUGACCUUAAGUGAGCUGCAGAUGCCAUGCCUCAGUCUUUCCCAUCUGCAGUAUAGGUACAAUACCUCCUUCCCACCUCAACAGGGUUUCUGCAAGAACUGCAAAAUCACAUUCCUGAAGCACUUCCCGUGUCCCCAAAGCACGAGCAAAACCCUGGGUCAUGUAAUUAAUUGCCUUUAUCUGGUUGCCUAGAUCCUCAUGAAGAUUUUUUUUUUAAACACCCCACUUCGUGGAGAGUCAGCACUGAUCCCAGCUCUGUUUAGUUCCCCCAACACCUGUUUUCCCAACUCCUAUGUUUGGAUUUAGGACCACUUCGGGUGGUACAUGUUUCCUACGGGGGGGAAAUUCUGUGUAGAUGCCAGCAAGGUGUGGGGCAACCCACGCAGGAAGCGCCACAUGCUAUAAAUUGCACAAGUUCUGGCUUUGCAGUGCAUUUGCACCAUAGUGCAAACAGAGAGCAAGCUGGGGGUGGGGGCACUUGUGAGCUCAGUCUUGUACGCCCACCUGUCCUUUCACCGUUUGGCGCCACUGCUGCUCUUAAAACAACCAGAUAAAGUCCUCCUGAGCAUAGACAGAGUGCAAUUCCACACUCACAACUGAGCAAUAGCAGCUUGGCCCCAGUUAAUCCAGGGCUUCCUUCCCGGCGCAGUCCCUCUCUCUUCUUAGAAAUCAAGAAUAGCUCCCUUGAUCACUGACUGGGAAGUGUCCAGAAAUUCAGGGUCCAUUUGAAAUUUCCUCAUCCAAAUUCUUCUCUGGAUUUUGGAGUCUGAUUUCUUCCAUUCAUUUGUGUCUUUGCUCUUCCCUGACAACUGCACACUUCGGUGGACCACCACCACCAACAACAACAACAACAACAAAAGCCACCGUGAUGCAACUGGAUAUACUGCCAUGUUCAAAUUAUUUUGUGAGGUGUUUUACUAACACUCCAGAGCACAUCGGUAAAACACUACACAGAAAUAUUUUUGAUGCGAUCAUCAAAUGACCUUUUUCUUUGGCAGUGUUUUAUGAAUGCACUUUGGAACAUCAACACCACAGAUGGGGAGAAGCUGCCAGGGACAUGAAGAAACUGAAAUCUCUCUGCUCAAUUGCAUAUGCUCCAAUUCUAAAAGUAAUUGUAGAAAUCCACCUAGGAAAACUGGGGUUCAAGUGGAGUGGGAUGCAGGGCACAGAAAACUUCCGGAAUAAUAAAGGAAUGGAGUGGGGAGGUGGAAGGAGAACCCACUCGCAGCACCAGAACUCUAUUUUGGAAUGUUAAAACAUAUAGAGGUGAUAGUGGUAUGGCCCAUGAUAAACCUUACUCUGCUGGCUCAUACCUGCUCAUCUUCACUACCCGUGUGAACAAAUGGUGGUCAUUUUCACUACUCUUGUGCACAGCUGGUGACCACACUCUUAAAGGUACACAUUGAUUUAACUCCUUCCCCUCUACACAGAACUGUUUUUCUGUGAAGAAAACAUGCCCCCCCCUUGAAGUUGGGUUCCAUGCGUGUGUGUUUGUGCGAGAGUGUGCGUACGCACGAGGGCAAGUAUGGGGCAUGAGGUCGACACCUCUCCGACUUCUGCUGUUUCCACAUAACCGCAGUGUCUAGUUUUCCUCUGUGUGUUCCCUCUCCCACCCCUGUGGUGUUUCCGGAAAAGGGGGAGGCAGGGGUCAAAACGCACCCUUUGCAGUUUCUGUACUGCUGGACAUUUUAAUAAAGUUUUUUAACAGUU